GCUUUCUUCUAACAAAUUACUACAAUUGUGAGGUCAAAUUCACGCAGAUCCCAGUUCUGCACUUCAAAUCGCGAAUCCUUCGUUUUGCAGCACUGUCCGGCAGGUGUCCCUUUCUGGUAUUUUCCCACUGACAGCUGCGCGAAUGCCGAAAUGCGGUCACCCUAACUGUCAACGCGACUUCCGCUCUUUUCCUACCCAACUCGCGGAGCAAAAUGCAGCAGAAGCGCAGAGAACCCGUGCAGGCUGUCCAGGUCUUCGGACGCAAGAAAACCGCCACCGCCGUCGCUUACUGCAAGCGUGGCAACGGCCUCCUGAAGGUGAACGGUCGUCCUCUGGAGCAGAUUGAACCCAAGGUCCUGCAAUACAAACUGCAGGAGCCCCUUCUGUUGCUCGGCAAGGAGAAAUUCGCCGGCGUCGACAUCCGCGUGCGCGUUAGCGGUGGUGGUCAUGUAGCCCAGAUCUACGCCAUCCGCCAGGCCAUUUCCAAGGCUCUCGUUGCCUUCUACCAGAAAUACGUCGAUGAGGCCUCCAAGAAGGAGAUCAAGGACAUUCUGGUGCAGUACGACAGAACCCUGCUGGUCGGCGAUCCGCGUCGCUGCGAGCCCAAGAAGUUCGGCGGUCCAGGUGCCCGUGCUCGCUACCAGAAGUCGUACCGUUAAACUACUCUGUCUGGUUUUCAAUUUGGAUUAGAGCUAUUUUUUACAAUUUGAAAAUGGUUUGCACGCACGUGCGAAUAAAACGGAAUAAUUAACUG